UCGUGAAUUCAGUCCAGACGAGGUUGUGAUCCGGAACCGAAGUAAGGCGGAGAGGCGAGUUUAUCCAAGUAUUUCGUACUUCAGUUCCGUUAAAAAUUGCUAAUAAUUAAUUGGAGAGUUGUUUUGAAACUUAUUUUUACACUUAGAAUAUUCGUAGCAAAUCUGGCAAAUUUGAUGAAUCGAUUACGUGGAUUCGAAGCUGCGCUAAACUAGUCCAUCUCUUCAGACCGUCGUUGACGCACCGAAUUGGUUAAACACAAGUUUGUUGCUUACAGCUGGGAUGUUAUUUCGAAGUCUGUGAUAUACAACGAAAGGACUGAAAGUCGUACUGUGAUAGUUUCUACAUGAGUGUUAUACGUUAAUUUGCGAAACAUACUUCCAAAUAUAUUCGGAUCGAAUAAUACGGUGGGAAGACGAAGUGUAAAUGUUCUGUUCGUAUUAACAAAGCUUAUUGAAAUUUGUCAACAUUUUUUAUUGCGCUAUGGAUUUUUAAACGUUUCGAAUUGAUUGGUUCGUUAUGAGGAGAAAGAAAGUACCUCUUCGUUCCUGGGCGCCAAAGAUGAUGCUUUUUGUCGUUUAUUUGCUUUGUCAUGGACUUGGGGUUAUCACUGUCACAGGCAAAGAAGGAAGCAGCCCUCUACCAAUACAGGUCAAAAUUGGAGACACAGCAAAUUUUACUUGGUAUUACGGCAAAUAUUCUGUUAAUCCUAAUGAAGGAACAAUUAAGGUUGGAAGAUCUGAAGAUGGUAUUGUCCUCUCUUUUGUAAUGGCUGGCAAGUUUGGUAACCAAGAACCAAGCAUCUCUACACAACUGAGUGAAGCUGAAAGAGCUAGAAUUUUGUUUGAGGUAGACACCAAGGCAGCAACUGCCUCAUUUUAUUUGAAGAAUAUCCAGAAAGAAGAUGAAAAUAAAAUAUAUGGAAUAGAAAUGGAAUUUGGUGGCACAUUGACGAAGGAAUGGAACAUUAUUAACAUAGUUGAACCACCCAAGUUUGUCUCGAAGUCUUCUAAUUUGUUGGAGGUGAAGGAAGGUGAUACAGUGACGCUGAAUUGCGAAGCAAUUGGGAAACCGACCCCUGAAAUUCAAUGGAGAGCUAAAGAAUCCACGAAGGUGCUGGCUUCUGGUUUAGGGAAGAAGUCCUUUGUUGUCACUGCAAACAAAACACAUCAUGGUGCUUUUGAAUGUUUGGCCUCAAAUGUUGCCGGAAAAAUAUCACAUACUACUUCCCUAAUUGUAAAUUACGUUCCUACUAUCGAUGUUGCCAAAUCAUCUGCAACUCUGUACUCCUUUGUUGAUAACCCAAAUCCGGUGACAAUGGAAUGUUUUGCCGACGGCAGACCAAAGCCAGAGUACUAUUGGCAGAGUAAUUUCGGGCUGAAUGUUUCUAAAGAAUCAACGUAUACAUUGGUGAAACCAGCCUCUGCGGAGCUCGGUGUUUCCUACAAAUGCUAUGCUUGGAACAAAGUCGGCCGCUCAAGGCCUCACAGCGUCAAGGUCGUCAAGUUAGAGAGACCUGGUACGGUAGAUGCAAAAAUCACCAAAGUGACGGCAAAGACCCUCUCUGUACAAUGGGUGUUGCCAAAUGACACUGGUGGUGCUACCCUAGUUGGAGUGAGACUCCUUGCGUCAGGACCAGACAGAUUUUUAAAAGAACUCAACUUCGGCCCUGAAGUAACAAAUACGACACUCCAGAAUCUUCAGCCAUUCAGCGAGUAUGGUUUUGAAUUUAUUGCCAAAAACCAAGUCUUAGAAAGCCUGCCUUUCAAAGUCAGAGGAAAAACAGCAGAAGCCGCUCCAAGUUCACCAGUAAAGUUUGGGUUUGCUGACGUUGAUCCUAAUACAGAGAGGCAAUUGACUAUCUUCUGGUCUCCGCCCUUGUCAUCAAAUGGAAUCAUUAGGAAUUAUCAAGUCGCCUAUGGCUCAGAAUCAGGCUUUGACGUCACUAAAUCUACGAUAAAGAACACAACUAGUAAUAUAACCGAAAUCGUGCUGACUGGCCUAAUGCCCUUCCACAUGUACUCCGCAAGGGUGCGCGCAGUUACUGUUGAACCAGGUCCUUGGACCAAGGCUCUUACGAAAAGGACGGCAUAUGAAGCACCCUCAGCUCCACGAAAUCUUACUGUCUUGGAAAUAAGUGCAAAGCUGAUUCGAUUAACGUGGCAGCCACCAAAAGAUGUAAACGGCAUGGUCAGCACUUCGGAGGCUGAUUUUGAGUACAAAGAGCUUGGAAAAUGGCAUAAACGAAACGAAUUGUUUGUAAAAAACCCACAGCUGCGCUCACGUGAGGUCGAGGUUCUUCCAUUUACAGAAUAUCGGUUGCGUGUGAGAGAGGCCACUGGAUUGGCGCGCAAAUGGGGACCGUUUUCAGAAACAUACUCGUUCACAACACCGGAAGGAGUCCCAUCUGUGCCAAAAGAUGUCAAGAUAACACACCGCACAGUGAGCUCCAUAUCGCUAAGCUGGCAACGCCCGGAAAGAAGCAACGGUAUUAUGACGCAUUUCAUGGUGUUCUAUGAAAAUUCAACUCGUAGAUACGAAGAGAAAGUUGAUUACCAUCUCGCCAAUGAUACAUUCAGUCAUCAGAUUUUGAACCUGCAACUGUCAACAAAAUAUACCUUAAUGAUUCAAGCAUUUACAGCUGCUGGGGGUGGCGAACGCAGUGACCCCAUUGAAACAGCGACGAUUGCCCCUGUAUCAGGGCCACGCCCACGUACAGAUGAUGAAAUAUCAGCUGGCCCAAUCAUCGGAGGAAUUUUCUCUUUCCUCGUCAUUCUGGUUCUCCUCAUCAUUCUCAUUCUGUUCAUUGCAAGGAAGCAAAGAAUUCAAAAGAAGGCAAAUAAUUCUGUGACGGAGCCUUUUGACGCCAGUCCGUCCCCGGAAAGGAGGCUGCUGUCUCCUUAUGAUGAAAAAGUUCCAGAUCUUGUUUCUACGAAUGGAAAAACGCCACUUCUAAAGCAAAACAGCAUUGACGAAAAGAAGUCGCAAGGUCCUACUUUCAUAUCAAGUCGACCAAUCAAAAUUGGUGAAUUGAAGGACGUUUGUGGCCAACUGCACGCUUCGAAGGACUCUGGUUUUGUCCAAGAGUUCAGGAGUGUCAAAUGCGAGGCCAAUCUGACUAGUGACAUAAGCGACCGGGCAGAGAAUAAAUGCAAGAAUCGUUACCACAAUAUCGUCGCCUAUGACCACAGUCGCGUGAUCCUGAGCUACAUCGAGAACAUACCUGGCUCUGACUACAUCAACGCAAAUUAUAUCGAUGGUUUUGACAAGCGAAAGAAAUUCAUAGCUACACAAGGCCCAGUUACUGCUUCCUUCAAUGACUUCUGGAGGAUGGUAUGGGAACAGAAUUCGCACAUCAUUGUCAUGGUGACAAAUCUUAUCGAAAAGUGCAGGAUUAAAUGCCAAAGGUACUGGCCCACGUAUGAUUCGGAACAGUAUGGUAGCAUCAGAGUCACCCGUGAGGAGGAGAUCGAGUUAGCUGAUUACGUCUUAAGGAAAUUCUCGAUUUCAAUGGUUUCUGGAAAACAGAAGCACGAGCCGCGAAUCGUGACGCAAUACCAGUACACAGGCUGGCCUGAUCAUGGAGUCCCCCAGUACGCAACUGGCCUAUUGCAGUUCGUAAGAAGAAUCAAAUCAUUAAUGCGGGAAGACUCAGGCCCAGUUAUAGCCCACUGCAGUGCUGGUGUUGGGCGCACUGGAACGUACAUAACCCUCGAUGCAAUGUUUGAUCAAAUGAGGAAAGAACAAAUUGUUGAUGUUCAUGGCUUCGUAACUCAUAUACGAACGCAAAGAAACUACAUGGUUCAGACUGAGGGACAAUAUGCUUUUAUAUACGAUGCUUUACUGGAAGCUGUUUUUUGUGGAAAUACAGAGAUCGCUGUUCGAGAUCUGCCGAUUCGAAUCAAGGAGCUUGAAAAGAUGAAUCCAGACACUAACAAGACUUUCUUGCAUGAAGAGUUUGAGCGAUUGAGCUAUAACUUAGAAGAGAAUCACAUUUAUGAAGCUGGUAUGCUAGAGGUGAAUGCAAGCAAGAAUCGUUUCCCAGAAAUAAUACCUAUCGAAUCAACACGAUUGCGAUUGUGGCCGUAUCCGAAUGUCGCUGGAUCAGAUUACAUUAACGCGAACAUUGUGGAUGGAUACCAGCACAGAGAGGCAUUCAUUCUCACGCAAGCCCCAAUGGAGAAUACAGUAGAAGAUUUUUGGAGAAUGGUUUGGGAGUAUGAGGUGUUUUCAAUUGUCAUGUUGUCAAGCCCAGAAGAGAGUGACUCGUCCCAUUGCUUUCCAUACUGGCCUAUCGAUUCUGAGCCUGCUAAUAUCGGGUUAUUGUUAGUGCAAAUUGCUGCUGAAGAGAGAAAGAGUGGUUAUGUUAAGAGGGACUUCAGAGUCACAAACUCAAAGAGUGGGGAAACUCGGAUUAUCACUCAUUUCAUGUUCUACGACUGGCCCUUCGAUUCAUGUCCUAAAGACUCAAUAGAAACUUUGGAGCUGAUCAACCAGCUACAAAAAACACAAAUGAUGACUGGAAAUGGUUCGAUUGCUGUCCACUGCAGCGAUGGCUGCGGCCGAAGUGGAACAUUAUGUGCGAUAAUGUUUUGCAUUGAAAGACUGAAGUUAGAGGGCGUCGUGGAUGUGUUUCAGACUGUGCGAUUGAUGAGAACCCAACGACCUCACGUGAUUAGAUCCAUGGAAAAUUAUUUAUUUUGUUACAAGGCAAUCAAGAACUUCAUUGAUAAAUUCAGCAAUUAUGAAAAUUUCAAGUAAACUUGAUUGUUCAGAGCUGGAAAACCUAGAAACUGCAUUAAGUUGGUAUUCGAAAGUAGAUUGACCCAGCAACAAUAUGGCAUCAGAGACUGCUAAAUAUGAACUUAGUGUAUAUACUUCUCAAGAUGUUCCCAAUGCACAGUUUGUUGAAUUUUUGUCCGGCAAGAAGGGCUAGUAGAUCCCUGAGCGACUGAUCAAUCGAUAGGCAGACUUGAGAGUUUAAGUGAACUUCGUCUUUGUUGAAUGAGUUUUAGUUAUUGUCAAGCUUUUUUCUUGAUAUUUAGAACGGAUCUAAGCUAUUUAUUAACCUAUUUGUCUCUUUUGUACUGGAACGAAAGCAACGGAACUCAUAAGAAAUAUCUUACCACUCUGUAAAGUUUUAUCACGGUGUAGGAAUGCUUGUUGAUAGGCAGAUUUAUGUGUUGCUGUAUGUUGCCAUGGGCGUUUGUUCUUUUUACCUAGGAUUCUCUAGAUAAGCCCUGAUUACCCAGGAUUUUCUAGAAAGUUGUGCCCAGAUUACCCAGGAUUCUCUAGAAAGUUAUGCCCAGAUUAUCCAGGAUUCUCUAGGAAGAUAUGCCCAGAUUACCCAGGAUUCUCUAGGAAGAUGUGCCCAGAUUACCCAGGAUUCUCUAGAAAGAUAUGCCCAGAUUACCCAGGAUUAUCUAGUAAGAUAUGCCCAGAUUACCCAGGAUUAUCUAGGAAGAUGUGCCCAGAUUACCCAGGAUUCUCUAGGAAGAUAUGCUCAGAUCUCAAACUACACCGGAAAGUGCAGAAUAGGAAGGAAGUUUCGAAAGUUUAAAAAAAGGAGUCUUAAGAGGAAAGUUUGAUAGUUCUGAUCCGAUUUUAGGUCACAAUAGGCGUUAUGAAAAUUUUCAAGGCAAUGAAUCUCAUAAAAUGUCGAAAAUUCUAAAAAAAUUUCAUUGAAUGUUCUGAAGAGGAGACUUGCGGAGUGAGACUGGAAAAUACCGCGUUUCAACAAGCGAGCAACAAUGGCUUGUAUAUGUAUAUAACUUUCAGGCAGGACCCUACAGACUGAUGAAGAACUUAAGCCUGUUAAUUUUCUUAAAUGGAAAAUCCUUCAUUAUUCCUAGUAUCUUAGUGUUGUUUUCGACAAAGUUUAUUUUUCGUAUUUUAAGUGUUUUGGCUUCUUUUUAUUUGUUUUAGUUUAAAGUCUUUUCUUCAUAUAGGAUGAUUUCUCUUUGUCAUAAAAAAUCUUUGCUUAGUGUAUAUUAAUUCGCAAUAUGGUCGUCGUCUGGAUUUCUUAUCACGUGUAAGGGAUCCAAAGCGUUCCAAAGACCUUUUGUGACUUGCAUUCGAGUCAAAACGUCAUCCUUGCUUGCAUAUGCGACAAGACAGGAAUGGCAUCUAACAAAGAAAAUUUUCAAUCCUCAAGGCAAGAAUCAUUUGAGCUUGUAUUACCUGUUAACUAAAUAUAUACGAAGAAAAGAUAAAUUUGGCAUACUUUAACUGUGACAGUUUCUGUUAGAUAAAACCAGUAUUUCUUGUCUGGCUCAUUUUUAUUCUUAUUCUUGAAAUUAAGCAUUGAGGCAUGAAUUCACUGAUGGAGAAUAGGCCCUUUUUCAUGAAAUUUUUUAUUGAGAUUAACUAUGCUUGAAGAACCUUGGGAAUGAUAACCAAACUUGCAGGGAAAUAUCCUAGUUUGACUUAGAAUCAUUUUUUAAAAUAACUAGUAAUUGCUGCGUGAGAAUGUAGCCACACCAGGAUGUACUACUAGUUAAGUUAAUUUUCAAUAUGUUUUAUCUCUAUUUUAAUUAUUUUCGAGAUAAUGAGCACGUCAUCAAUUAAACUUGUCGUAUUCUUGAUUAGUUUCUUUUUUCACUACCGAAGGAACGUUUUUAUCUUAGCGAAGUGGUGAUGUAGUUUGUUGUAAGAUAUAUUUUGUCAAAACGUGCAACUCUUGCCCUAUUUAAAACUUAUUGUAGGAUAAUAGAGUCAGAUUAAAUUAGUGUACAAUUUAUUUUGAUUCUUUAGUGA